AUGACCAACAAGCAACCAGAAGCGAAUAUAUAUGCUCAUGCAUCUUUUGACCUUACAGCGCUUUUGUCGAUCGCAAGGGCUAUCCGACAAAAGAAUUGUACUUGUGACGAAUCACAACGUCCAAAGAGUGGCAGUUUAAACUGGGCCAUCUUCGUUGUCUUUGAGGACGGGGUUGAAUGGGUUUUCCGGUCACCGCGGAAAGCUUUCGGUCUAGAAGCGCGUACUGCGACCGAAGCACUUUUGAGUGAAGUGGCAACACUUGAAUACCUUGCAAAGAUCGGUUGUAUACCUAUCCCAAGGGUAUUUUCAUACUGUUCAACCGGCAAAAAUGAUAUUGGGAUUCCGUAUAUCUUGAUGGGCAAGGCCACAGGUGUGCCUCUUAGCACCUACAAGUGGGACGACGAUAAGAUUCACUCAACUGGCCCGGACUGUGAACAGGAUCCAGCAGUUUUAACCUUUUCUCAAAAGGCAAAGAUUGUGAAGCAACUGGGAGAAAUCCAGGCGCAUUUGUCCAACGUGCGUUUUGAUAAAGUUGGUUCUCUCUUUCUGAAAAAUGGAGAAUUCGUAAUAGAGAAAUGCCUUUACCCCUCCUUAGUCUGGCAGGGUCGAGAUGAGUUUGACGAGCAGGAUAUCCCGCGGGGACCUUUCACUGACGCCAAGUCUUUUUAUGUGGCCUUAAUACGUGAGCUCUUCGCUCACGCGAAAGAACUUCCUAUGGAACAUCAUCUCUUCCAUGGCCCAGUGCCUGUUCCACAAGAGUACGACAACUUCCAAGAAUAUAGGACCGCCACAGAUCGAUGGAAUGAUUAUGUCGUUAUAGGAUUAAAAACCGAAAGUACCCAGAACAGGCUUGAUUAUGCCCUAGUAGGGAUGUCUCUCGAGGACAAUGUGCCUUUACUGGUUGAAAAGGGCAACGACAUCAAAUGUGACGGCUUUCCGUUGUGCCAUCCGGAUCUCAGCUGCCAAAAUAUAUUUGUCGAUGACGAACUUAAUAUAAUAUGCAUUAUCGACUGGGCUUUUGCGUCCUCUGUUCCACCAUCCAUGCUUCUCGUCUGUCCUGGCCUACCCCAUCCCCGUGAUCGCAUUCAGCCAUGCCUUACGAAGUAUUUCGCCGAGGGCUUUAUUGCUGCUAAGGGGUACGAUGGCGAGAAGGAUCUCCAUUUCUCAGACAGUAGCAUCUUCUGGACAUUCGUCCGUCUGGUUAAUUUAGACGGGCUCCAAGAUCAUGUUUACUUCUCCGAAUUCAUGCGUUCAUGCAUUGGCCAGGAAGUCCCUCCUUAUAUUCGCAAACUGAGAGAUCGAGGGGAGUUCAAAGAAUUUGAGACAAUACUUUUGGCUUAUGAGAUAGACGGGGAAGGCCCCAGUAAGGACGAAAAGAACUAUUUCUCGUGUGUUGGUCAUGAACGAUUCACGUUAUCACAACAUCUCACAGUGAUGAAAAAAAUCGAUCGAGAUUUCGUUGCUGAUAAGCGGCUCUGGAAAUGGAUGGCGCAACAUCUGAAAGAGAGAGAUGUAUAUAUGUAUCCUACGAAUGAAGAUGAGAAAAGAGGAAGAAAACGGAAGAUCAAUGAGGCCUUGUAA